CUGCACUUCACCUCGGUCUCCCAACCUAACUUGACCAGGCCACUCGCCUCGAAUACAUCCAAGGCGAAGCUUACAAGACCGACGCAACCGACCAAGCGAGCAAGGCCAGUGCUGCUACGUUUCACCUGAGACGGGAUAUCUCGGGACCUCCACGUGUGCACCACAUCCAACCAACUCACCAACCUCAGACCAUUACCCCAUCGCGGCGUCUCCUCUCCGAAUCGGAGCCAAAUCCCCAUUCACCCACCAGACAGAUAGACAGGGCGAGAGAGAAGAACCAUAAAAACAAUGGCCAACGAUCAAUACGGGCUACCGUCGCUGGUGGUCAUCAUUGUGCUCGGCGGGUUGCUGUACAAAUGGCUCUCGUCGCCGUCGUCAUCCUCGUCGUCGCCCGCGGGUGCUGGGGGGCGGGACUCCCUGUCGCAGAUGAGGCAGCGCGAGGUUGCUGUGGAGAGGAUACAGCAGAUGUUCCCGCAGUAUGACAGGCGGACAAUUUUGUGGGAUCUACAGCGGAAUGGGGGUAGCAUUGCGGCGACGACGGAGAAGAUCCUCUCGGGGAGGAUAGAGACUCCGCCCAUCACCUUCCAGCCUCCUCCACCGCCGGGCUCUAACAUGGGCUCUUCAACAUCGACGACACAGUCCAACCCUGCAGCGAGGCAGACCGCCGAGAAGCCCGCGCAGCCGAACUUGAUACAGAGAUAUAACCUGCAGGACAAGAUACAGCAGCAGCAGCAGGAGGAGGAAGACGCGGCACAGGCCAAGAAGUGGAGCACCAACAAGGACGAGAGGCAGUCGCUGCUGCAGAAGAGGCGGGACGAGAUGAUCCUUGCUGCGAGGAGGAAGAUGGAAGCUAAGCUCGCGGCUGAGAAGAGUGCUGCCGGGUCCUCUGCCUGAACUACGAGCUAGGAGGGGCAGGAUUCUGAAGCUGGCUGUCUUUGGUCCGGUCAACACACGAUUUGGUAGUGGCGUGAUGAUACUGGAGACGGCGGUUGGAGGCUCUACAAUGCAAGGCGUUCCUCGCGCGUACGUACUUACUUGUCACAUGAUGGUUUGUUCUUUUUUUUGGACUAAGGCAUAGCAUAUCGGAUAGCAACAAGCGUUUCGGCUGGUGGGUGGGCAUGUUGGUACGCUCCUGGGUGUAUUUCGAGGGGUGGGGUGUGUGGUGGGAAUCAGCAUGUCAUACUGUCAGGUUGGCUUGCUCAACAAUUUUUUUCCUUGCUUAAGGGGGAGGAAACAAAGAGACUGUCUGCAGAUGGAGGAGAAGAUUGUUUCCCCCAAGGUCCUGGAAGGAUAGAACUUUACUACAGAGGUAUCUGGAAUACAGAAUGAUUAGCCUCC